CCAGAGCCCGAGUCCGAGCGCAGUGAACGUCGUGCCUCGGGACCCCUAGGAUCCCCAGACCCCUGACCCACGAUGUCCAGGAAAAAGACCCCUAAGAGUAAGGCGGGGAGUACGCCCGCUUCUUCUCUGCCCACAGCCAAGGAGAAUGGGCCGGUGGGCUCCGGAGGGGGCGGCUCUAGCCCGGGCCCUGGCCCUGCCCCCAAGGCACCGAGGAACGGGCUUCUGCUGCCAGGCCGCCCGUCCCUUAGCUGCAGCGGUGAUUUCUACGACGUUGCUUUCAAGGUGAUGCUGGUAGGAGACUCUGGCGUAGGGAAGACCUGUCUGCUGGUUCGAUUCAAGGAUGGCGCCUUCCUGGCUGGGACCUUCAUUUCUACCGUGGGCAUAGACUUCAGGAAUAAAGUCUUGAAUGUGGAUGGAGUGAAAGUGAAGCUGCAGAUCUGGGACACUGCUGGGCAGGAGCGGUUCAGAAGUGUGACCCACGCCUAUUACCGGGAUGCCCAUGCUCUCCUUCUGCUUUAUGAUGUCACUAACAGAGCAUCCUUCGACAACAUCCGAGCCUGGCUGACUGAGAUCCAUGAAUAUGCACAAAAAGAUGUGGUGCUCAUGCUGUUGGGAAACAAGGUGGACUCUACCCAGGAGCGAGUGGUAAAAAGGGAAGAUGGGGAGAAGCUGGCCAAGGAGUAUGGGGUGCCCUUCAUGGAAACCAGUGCGAAGACAGGCCUGAAUGUGGAUUUGGCCUUUAAGGCCAUUGCAAAGGAGCUGAAGCACAGGUCCAUGAAGCUGCCAAGUGAACCCAAAUUCAAGCUGCAUGACUAUGUGAAGAGAGAAGUCCGAGGCUCAGGCUGCUGCCGCCCCUGACCUGGAGCUCCCAGAGCCUGCUAGCCCUGCCUAGGGACUGUGCUCCAGUGCUUGUGAGCCACCUUUCUUGUGGACAGUAUGUGCAUGUCUGUUGUGUGUCACUCUUUGUAAAGGUGAAAGAAGGGAGGUGCAGAGAAAAGGACAGCAAACUGGGUGGGAGGAACAAUUCUCCUCGGGAGAAGAUAACAGUGAUGGGAGUUUACUUUGAACCAGCAAGGUUCCAGACCUGCCUGGAAGCAUGGUGCUGGGACAGCCAGCUCCAUAAGGUUCAGUAACUUCUUUUUGGCUGGUCAGGACACUCAUUCCCUGGCUCUGUAAAGUUAUGAUGGCAAGGGUACUGAACCUCAUCAGCCCUGGAUAUUCAACAUGGCAUGUUCCCUUCACAAAGCAUCUCACUUGCCAAGUUUUGCCAAAGCUGUUUACAGACAGUAAGAAAAAAGGGUCAGACCCUUAAAAAGGACAUGCCUUUGUCCUUGUCUGGCUGCUCACUGUAGGUGACCUGCCUCUCCAGUAAGAAAAUGCAAAUUUUAUCGUAACUUCAACCAAUCUGUUGGUUUUCCCACAUGCUAACUCACUGGGCUUUCCACAUGCAGAAAACCAACCUGACAAAUCAUUUGUAUAGUGACAGGGGCUCUGGCUCCAUGUUUUUGCUCCUUUCUCUUCCUCAAUACCCUUAAAUGUAUGGUUCAUAUCCUCUUGGUUUAUUUCUCAAGGUUUCUUUGGAGAUCCCUCCUUUACAUAAAGCUAUUUUUUGCCCAAAUCUAGAAUAUAGAGAAAAGUUGUGGUUUCCCCAAAUUUCAGUUGGAAAGGGCAAUCACAGAAGAGUCUUAAGAGUUGUGCUCUCAUUAAGAUACCAGAAAACAAAAAGCUACAGAUGGACUUCAGAUAUAUCUACUCCAUAACUAUUCCAAAAAGGCAGGGUUACAUUUCAGCACUACCAGGGUACCCAGGAUUAAAAUUCAAGUGGAACCUCCAAGAAAGCUGGUCACCCAUAAGGAAGGCCUUUAGCAUUUCGAUGUUACCAAUCAAAUGAUAAGGACUAUAGAAACUAUUCCAAGGACUACUUUGUAACCUGCCCAGGGUGGAGAAAGAAAGGUAAUAAUUCCUCUCCUCUCAUCAAAGUAAACUGGGCUUACUUCUGUCCCAAGAGUAAUUGGGAAGCAUUGCAGUGUUAUUUCCCUUCUUCCCUCCCUUCAACAGGUCAGUUUGGAGCCCUACUCUGCUGACCAAAUGGGACUCUAGCUUUUUAUUUAGAAGGCCUGUUAGUCUCUUGGACCUGAAUCCUUUGGACCACUAGAUUGUGAGCUCAUUGAGGGCAGUGACCAUCUUUUGCCUUUUUGUAUCCCCAGUGCUUAACACAGUGCCUGGCACAUCAUAGGCACUUAAAAAACAAUUAUUAACCAACAAAAACGUGGGCUGUCCUGGAUUCUACUGGCAGGCUGAAAGCUGGAACAGAAAGGUAGAAGUCCAGUCUGAGCAUGCCAGCCUCCAGUCUUGCUUUCUAAGAGCAUAAAGGCACACAAGGUUUGCAUUCAUCCUCUUCAUUCCUUGGAGGGUGAUAAAACUUUAAAAAUAAUUCUAAAACCAGGUAUAGUUUAUGAAGAUAACUCACAUGGUAAUACUUUAAGGUCUUUUCCUAUUACAAAUCGGGAAAUAGCAUCUUUUUUUGUAGUCUUCUCAUAUAGGAUAAGGUCAUGAAUAGUGACCAUAAAACUAAUCCCUAACAAAAUCUACAGCUUUUUACAGUCUCCAAGUGCAUUCCUGUCAUCCUAGUCAAACCUCAAUAACCUUGAAGUAGGCAGGGUUGCCCAUUUUAUGGGUGAUAAAAGAUUGCUAUUUACCCAAAAUGGUUACACAGCUGGCCCUUAAACCAAGCCUCCCAAUUCCUCUUAACAUAAAACCUCUUUCAACUAGCCUCUGCCACAAAGCUAUUUUUCCCCUUAACAAAUAUCCCCUCCUUCAGAGUGCACUCCAGUUGAAAUAAGCUGAAAAAACAAAAUCCCAUUUCCAUGGACUUAAACCAUGUAUCAUUUCAAACCACUGGUGGGGCUUGGAAAUGAAUGAUACCAGGAAGGCCCUCAUACACCAGCGAACUCCAUGUGUGGAGACAGAAUAGAAUAUUUUACAGGUAAUUAUGAAACAAUUCUAUAAUUUACCAAGUCUUAUUUGGCAUACUGGCUGAAAAUGUGGGCUCUGAUCAGCAAGUUUCAGGUGCUCACCAAAAAGGGUCCAGAACAGUAAGGGUAACAAGGUCUUGAAUUAUUUAAUCAAUUUGUCAUCUUGAUGGUAGCAGUAUAACUACUGAAUUCCACACAGGAGCUUUAAAAGUAUAUAAAAUACAGUGUUCCCAAUCAGGAAAGUAGAUUUAAAGAGUGAUGAAGCAAACCAAGCUUCUGUCUUGUAUCCAAUGAGGUUCAUAGAUUCUGUAGCCCUGAAUUCAGUGGUCAUACUGUAUUAUGUCUGAUGAUAGCUUUUUAUAUCAUGAAGUGCUGCUGAAACAAGACUCAGUUACUCUGACCUUGUACAAACAUCUUCCGUAUUGGCCCUUCUGUUCAUGGCUGUUAUGUUCCACGAUGCUGUCAAUAAAGUUUGUUGGUUUUUAAAAAAAGCAAUGUUGUGUUUUGUGCUUGGCUCUUGUCACUGGAAGGAAUCUGAAAAAUUACCCAACCAUGUCAAACCGAGAUAA